GUGCGGUGUUUGAUUGAUCCUGCCUGUCUGUCUGCCCUCACACACUGUGCAGACAUGGCGGCGCUCUCGUCCCCGCUGCGAGUCUGUAGAGGAAUCCUGAAAGAGCUGCGAGCCAUCCACGGAGCAGCUUACAAGCAGGGCCCGAUGUACCGCUACGUCAUGGACCAGUUCCGGAAGAACCAGAUAACAGGAGAGAGGUACUGUCGGGCCCAGCAGGAGGCGCACCAUGACGCACACUCGUACCUGUGUUUGCUGGCGUCCACCAGGAGCCAAAUGAUCCUGCACAACAUUUACCACAGCAAAGAAGAGCACAGCAUUGAGUCAGCAGCCGGCCUGGUGGGGCUCCGGCUGCCCACCCAGCCCGGAGGGAAAGGCUGGGAGAAGUGAGGAGGAGGAGGAGGGGACACAUCUGACUCUCUUUAGAAAUGACUUUUGAUCCAUCUGGCCCAAAACAUACACACAAAUAUUUGAGUGGAGGCUGGCAGACUGAAGCUUUGCUGUCAUGGACUGCAGAGAGGGAACUUCAUCUGUCGAGGUGUUCCAACAGAGACAACAGAGUGAUCCGAGGGUGUUAGAAGCAACUGUGAAUCUCUGCUAUGAUUAUCGUCUUCACUGUAAAUGUAUUUUACCUCUUCAAUGCUCCCACUCCUGCAGGUACUCGUUUCCUUUUGAGUGUGAGUUCAUCUUGAUCCUUUUGUCUGAUUAAAAUCUGAGUCACUGUUGGA